CUAUACUUGAACUACUCCUCUCAAGACAAGUAUAAGUUUACCGCUUACGACUACAACGCAUUACUCAGCGACACGCUCUUGGGCUUGUACAGUCUAGAAUUGAAAGACUUUGCGCGGAUGGCCAUGGAGAAGGCAAGGGGAUCUAAGAAAGGACGAUUGUGUGACUUUUAUUCAUUCACCGACUUUGACGUGGACGAUGGAGCUAUAUUCGUCCUCAUCACACUUCAGCUUCUUUCAGAUUCAUCAAUUUAUCUGAUAAACAAAAACAAAUUCUUCAAACAAGUGACUACGGAAGGCCGUUACUAUUACAGCCUUAAUGACUGCUUUUUCUAUGGCUUUGAAAGUACUACGGCGUUUACGGAACAUCUACGAAAGUGCUUCAAAUCUGAACACGUUAAAAAGGUGCACGUGGAUGUCUGGGUUACGGCAGUCACUCUGUGGUAUAUGAGACUGGUCGCU